ACAAGAAGAAAAGGAACGAGAUGAGAAGAGAAAAGAAAGAUCAUCAUAUGGGAGAAGUAGAGAUGAUAGAAAGUCCGCUAAGCCAGGUACUCGACACAAAGAUACAGGAACAAAAAGCUCCUAUAAGAAAGAAGAAGAAGAUGAUCCUUAUGCAGAUGAAGAGUUUGAGGAUUAUGAGGAGGACUUUGAGGACGAGGAAGAAGAGGAAACUAAGGAAUCAAUACACAAGAGCUCUCGACCUGGAACUGUUCUGGACUAUUCAGAUAAUGAAAUGAAUGACUUAUUGAGUGCAUUGGACAAGGAAAAUGAACGCUUGUUACAAGAGUCCAGAGCUACCAGUGGUCGUCAGAGAGGCCGAUAUGAGAAUCAAAGAGAUGAUGACAGUUAUCGAAGAGAUGACAAAUACAACAAUAGAAACGAUGAAAGCGAUGAUGACCAGCCCAAAGUUUCACGGUCAAAGACACUUAUCAACUUCAUGGGAGCUAAGAAGCGUGCAAUGGUGAGCCAUGCAGGUUCCCUGAUUGGGAAGCGUGCCCAGGAUUUGUUACAGAUGAUUGAACUGGACACUGCUGAGUAUGAUCUGUUUGAUAUGCCUCCGGUCAAGGAAUACGACCUCUAUAUCAGGAGUUUUGGACGCUCCGAUACUACUCAGGCGUAUGUCCAGACUAAUGAUGAUGAUAUUGAUCGAGAAGUACAAACAGAUGAGAUCGAUGUCCGUCAGAAAUGGACACAACAUCCAGCAGAGGAUUACAUAGGUUGUGGAAGAGGUGAUGGAGUGAAAGACAUAGAGGAUGAGGAACAGUCUCAAGUGAACAAGAACCUUGAUUUGAGUCGCCUCAGUAAAUUUGUACAGAAAGCAGGACAGGUAAUCUCAAUUUUACUGGACGAAGAAAAAGAUGUGACGAAAACUGAUAUGAACGAGAACAAGUCCAAUGUAGGUGUAAGCGAAGGCUACACAAAACUGGCACAGUUACCUAUCCUGAAGGGCCGAUGUGUGCUGUUCUCACAGUUUGCACCUUCUCAACCCAACAUGUUGAUCACAGCCUACAGCAAACCUGCACAGGAGGAUGAGGGAAAUUCUAUCACAAAGAAGGGCAUAGUGUGUGUCUGGAACACAGACGACCCAUCCUACCCACAGAGAAUUCUGGCAUGUGAGUCCCAGCCAACGUGUUGCUGUUUUAGCCCCAACAGGACGACUCUGGCAUUUGCUGGCAUGGUGGAUGGCUCUAUUUGUGUGUGGGACCUAAGAGAACAGUCAUCCAUGCACCGCUCUGUCUCAUACGACAACCGGGAACAUAUCCUUCGAUACCCAACAUUUAAUACAGCUGGAGUGAUGGAUGUUGACAACCACCACAGUCCUGUAACCACUCUCAACCCUGUAUCUAACUAUUCAAUAAAUUCUGCUGAUUCAGGGAGAAAUGAAGAUACAGGAACAGGGUUGUCAUUCCAACUGAUAUCAUGUGAGGAACAGGGUGUUCUUAAUUUCUGGGUUGUAGCAGAGAUUACAUCACCUGAUAUGGCUGGGUCUGAAACAGACCUUGGGCUUUCACCGGGAGGAAAAGUAAAACUUAUAAAAAGUUCAGCUAUAACCUUACAGCAUCCACCAAGAUACAAGAGAGUAGGAGUCAGUUUGCGGGCCACAGAGUUACAACUAGCACCUACCGAUCUCAACCAUUACUAUGUAGGCACCGACUCUGGCUACAUAUUACACGGAUUGAGGUUUGGUACCCGUGCCUUCCCCUCAUCCUACUCUACAGGUUGUGAUGCCCCAAUGGAUAUAACCACAAUAGAUUUCUCCCCCUUUGGACAUCCUUGUUUCCUGGCAAGCAGUAGUGAUGGAUUUGUUCAUCUCUAUAAUGUUAAAACUGAGACUCCUGUCAUGUCCUGGUCAUCUAAGAUCUGGAAUACAGAGGAAUUACAGUGUGUGCGAUGGUCACGGAGUCGACCCUGUGUCUUCUAUGUAUUGGACAAUAAUGCACGCCUGUACACCUUUGACAUUUUGGAGGGUGACGCUAUGCCCGUCAAGAUAGACACACUAUCUUCACAGGACAGAGUUGUACACCUACAAUUCACCUCUGACACCAAAAGUUCAACACAAGGACGAUUACCUCAAAUGCUUGUGAGUCACGAAUCUGGACAGACGGAAAUACACACAGUAGCAAAGCAGUACAGAGAUCAACAGACACUUGAAUGUGACUUCCUACCAAGCUAUCUGAACCGCUUCUGAUAUAUAUGACAAACUAAAAUCUUUGGUUCACCACUGGCUAUGGAAUUAUCACAAUUGAAUAGUUUUCAGUUCACCACAGGAUAUGGAAUAACCAAAAUGUCACUCAAAAAAAAGGGGUGGGAUAUUGUACUUCUUAGAUGUAUGUUUUAGCAAACGGACAUUGAAACUGCUACAGCAUUUAGAGUUCUUAAGCAUCAUUGACAAAUUAAUGGAACAACAUUUUGUGGGAAAGGGACCAUAUUCAUCAGUGUUUUUUUAUGUUUUGCAACAAAGUGUGGUGAUCAUCAUUUACUCUAUACAUCUCUGUGUAAGUCCCCUUUGAUGAAAUCUAAACCACAAAUUAUGUUUUGGUUACAAGAUAGUGACAUUUGAUCUUGUAGAAUAAAGAACUAACAAACUUAGAAUUUAUAAGAUUUAUCGAAUAGUUUUGAAUCAGUUGUCUGGAAAGUUUGUAGGUUCAACAUCAAUUUGCCCACUUUAAACAAAAAUCUAACAAAAAUCUAAACAAAUAGAUCGACACUGAACUAUAGAUUACAGAUCAUCCUGCAGGCAUUGUGAGCAGAAAUGAAAGUCUCCACUUAUUUAGCAAGUGUAAAACAUGGCAAACAAAAAACAUGCCUUGAUCAGGAGAAGGGAUUUGGUAUUCAGUAUCCUGUGAGGCAAUGGAACGACAGUUGAGUCAAUAAAAUGUGAUUAUAAAAGUAUCAUGUAGUGCUGUAAAGUUAUUUAUAUUUUUUGUUUUGUUGGUUGAGCGAAGCCACAAUGCCAAGCAUUUCAUAUUCCGUCCAUGUAGAUUCAACAAGUGUUCAGAGGAAAUAUCUGUGAUAAAUUAUUUAUUGUUCAUAUCAUUGUGUGAUAUCUCAAAUCAAUUACUAAAACAUCUGGCCUUUUCCAUGAGUAUCUUUGAUAUAAGACUUCUAUGGUAAAUCAGUUGUAAUAUUGGUUUUGUGUUGAUGAAAUUUGUCAUCUGUGGAUGAU